UGUAUGUUAGCAACUAAAUCUGACAAAAGAAAUGAUGUCGCCACCUUCCUCCUUUCUCUUUCUCUUCCAUCAUCCGACCUUCCAUCCUUUUCAAUUUCUUCAUUCAUCGGUGGAUUAACUUGGCAGCUAUUAGUGGACUUCAAGGAUGGCAAUGAAUAAUAGACGGUUAGAAUUUGGGAGGCCUGUCUCAAGUAAAAGAAGAUUGAAGGAUUUGUUGGUUCAGAAAGAUAAUCGCUUUUGUGCUGAUUGUGGUGCUCCAGAUCCUAAAUGGGCGUCAGCCAAUAUUGGGGUUUUUGUUUGCUUAAAAUGUUGUGGAGUGCACAGAAGUCUUGGUACUCAUAUAUCAAGGAUUUUGUCUGUGACAUUGGAUGAAUGGUCAAAUGAUGAAAUAGAUGCAAUGGUGGAAGUUGGAGGAAAUGCUUCUGCUAAUUCGAUAUAUGAGGCAUAUAUUCCAGAAGGAUGUACAAAACCUGGACCAGAUGCUAGUCAUGAGCAACGUGUAAAAUUCAUCAGGUCAAAGUAUGAGCGUCAAGAAUUUUUGAAACAUAGUUUGCGCAUUGUAUCAACAAAAAGCAAUCGUCAAUCAAGUUUUUCUAAAAAGAUUAUGGAUAGCUUUCGAAGUACUAGUGGUUCAAAGAAUAUGGAAGGAAUGGUAGAAUUUAUGGGAAUGUUGAAGGUGAAAGUGGUCAAUGGCACAAAUUUAGCAAUCAGAGAUAUGAUGUCAAGCGAUCCAUAUGUUGUUUUGAAGCUUGGACAACAGACUGUUCAGACAGCUGUAAUAAAGAGUAAUUUGAAUCCAGUUUGGAAUGAGGAGCUUAUGUUAUCUGUUCCUCAGCAAUUUGGACCACUGAGUAUGAGGGUAUUUGAUCAUGACUUGUUUUCAGCUGAUGAUAUAAUGGGAGAAGCAGAGAUUGAUCUUCAACCUUUAAUAACAUCUGCAAUAGCAUUUGGAGAUGCUGGAAUGUUUGAUGAUAUGCAGAUAGGAAAAUGGUUGAAAUCCAAUGACAAUGCACUUAUAGAAGAUAGCAUUGUCAAUAUCAUUGAUGGUAAGGUUAAACAAGACAUUUCAAUCAAGCUCCAAAAUGUCGAAUGUGGAGAAAUAUACUUAGAACUUGAGUGGAUAUGUCUUGAAUAAUAGGUGCAUGUCUUACUAUUAUUAACAUAUCCAUAUUCUUUUUCAGAAAUGUCUAUAAUUUUUUCUACUUUUGAUUGAUCAUCCUAUAAAUAUCCAAAAUCUAUUCUUUUGGGUC